AGGAAGACGUUGGUUGGAUGUUGGGCGGGGUCUGAGGAAACGGUGAGAGUGAAGGAGAGAAAAGAGAAAAAUCUCCCGAUCCCUCUGCUGCCGCGCGCACGGGGAGAGGAGACGGUCAGAGACACGGACACAGAGACAGCCAGGCAAGCAGGAGAACAGACGGAGCCGGAGGAGACGCACGGACAGCCGGGGAGGAUGGCCCGGCGGAGCGGCCGUUGGUAGCGCUCUGUUGGCGCGGACGGAGCUCCAGGAUGAGCGUAGCGCUGCAGGACCUGCGGAACACCAUGUCCAGCUACAAACGAGCUACAUUAGAAGAGGAGGAAGUGCCUGACACUCCAGCUGAGGCAGCCUCAUCUCCUGACAGAGUGGAGGCGGGUUUCAGGAAGGGGGGUGUGGACAUUCUGGGGAGAAGGACUCAGCUGGAGGUCCUGCUUUCAGUCUUUCUGCUGGCUGCUGUACUGGCCCUGCUGGCCUGCCUGCUGGUUCUGGGACUGGGACUCAGCUCAGACAGCGGGCAUGGCCUGUGCCUGUCAGAGUCUUGCAUCAUGGUGGCCAGUCAGAUGGUGGAGGCGAUGGACCGCAGCGCCAACCCCUGCCAUGACUUCUACCAGUUUGCCUGCGGAGGCUGGAUGAGAAAGAACCCGCUGCCUGACGGACGCUCGCGCUGGUCCACUUUCAACAGCAUCUGGGAACAGAACCAGGCGCUGCUCAAACACCUACUGGAGAACGGGACUUUUAACGGCACCAGUGAGGCAGAGAAGAAGACCCAGUCCUACUACCUGUCCUGUCUCAACACGCAGAGGAUCGAAGAGCUGGGAGCUCAGCCUCUCAUAGACCUCAUCACCAAGAUCGGGGGCUGGAACCUGACGGGUCCCUGGGAGAAGAACAACUUCAUGGAGGUCCUGAAGGUGGUUUCUGGUCCGUACAGAGCUCAGCCUUUCUUCAGCGUCGGAGUCAGUGCUGAUCCCAAAAACUCCAACAGCAACGUCAUCCAGGUGGACCAAUCAGGACUCUUCCUGCCGUCCAGGGACUAUUACCUCAACAAGACGGCCAAUGAGAAGGUGCUGGCAGCGUACCUAGACUACAUGGUGGAGCUGGGGAUGCUGCUGGGGGGAGAGAGGAGCUCCACGCAGUUUCAGAUGCAGCAGAUUCUGGAGUUUGAGUCAGAGCUCGCUAACAUUACUGUCCCACAGGACCAACGUCGCGAUGAGGAGAAGAUCUACCACAAGGUCACCAUCGCUGAGCUACAGAUGCUGGCUCCGGUGGUGGACUGGAUGGACUACCUGUCAUCCUCCCUGUCCUCUCUGGAACUGAAUGACACUGAACCUGUUGUCCUGUAUGCCAGAGAGUACCUGCAGCAGGUGUCUGACCUCAUCAACAAGACGAACCGCAAUCUGCUGAAUAACUACAUGAUGUGGACGCUGGUUCAGAAGACUGUGGCCAGUUUGGAUCAACGCUUUGAGAACGCUCAGGACAAACUGGUGGAGAGUCUCUAUGGGACCAAGAAGCAGUCCUGUACCCCACGCUGGCAGACCUGCAUUGGGAACACUGAUGACACUCUGGGCUUUGCCCUGGGCGCGCUCUUUGUUAAGGCGACCUUCGACAAACACAGCAAAGAGAUCGCUGAGGUGAUGAUCAAUGAGAUCCGCUCAGCGUUUAAAAAAGCACUGGACCAACUUGGCUGGAUGGAUGACCAGACGAGACGAGCUGCAAAAGAGAAGGCAGAUGCAAUUUACGAUAUGAUUGGAUUCCCAGAAUUCAUCCUGGACCCCAAAGAGCUGGACGACGUUUACGAUGGGUAUGAAGUGUCCGAUGACAGCUUCUUCCAGAACAUGUUGAACUUCUACAACUUCUCAGCCCGAGUGAUGGCCGACCAGCUGAGGAAGACUCCCAACAAAGACCAGUGGAGUAUGACUCCUCCUACAGUUAAUGCCUACUACAUGCCCACUAAGAACAGCAUCGUCUUCCCUGCUGGGAUCCUACAAGCUCCUUUCUACACCCAUGACCACCCUAAGGCAUUGAACUUUGGCGGGAUUGGGGUAGUGAUGGGUCACGAGCUCACUCAUGCCUUUGAUGAUCAAGGUCGUGAGUACGACAAAGAAGGUAACUUGAGGCCAUGGUGGCAGAACUCAUCUGUGGAGGCAUUUCAUCAGAGGACAGAAUGUAUGGUGGAGCAGUACAGUAGCUACACCAUCAACGGAGAACACGUCAACGGAAAACAGACGCUUGGUGAAAACAUUGCCGACAACGGAGGACUGAAAGCUGCAUAUCAUGCCUAUCAGUCGUGGAUCCAGAGGAACGGAGAAGAGAAGAGACUUCCUGCUGUCAAUCUGACCAAUGACCAGCUUUUCUUCUUGGGUUUUGCUCAGGUGUGGUGUUCUGUUCGAACACCAGAGAGCGCACAUGAGGGCCUUGUGACAGACUCCCACAGCCCACCCAGAUACAGGGUCAUCGGCACACUUGCUAAUUCUCCGGACUUCAGCCACCACUUCAAUUGUCCUGUAGGGACACCCAUGAACACCGGGAAGCGCUGUGAGGUCUGGUAGACAGACUGAAAUGGACCAGGUCUUGGAGGUGGACGGGGAGUAGUUGGUUCAGUCUGUUAGUUAGGAAACAUCUGUUAUUUUGCAAGAAAUAUUAUGAACAGGUGAGUUUCUUAAUUGACAGCCUGGUUAGUGUCUUAAUUAGAGGAGCUAAUUAUUGGCAGUUUGUUAGAGGCAUUGCAGGUCUAAUCUUUAGUUUCAUACAGUUAAUAAUGAUCUGUUCAGUAGAGACGAUCAGACUGACUUCCUGUCUGGAAACUAAAAGGACUUGGUGGACUUUAUACAGAGACAUGAAAGCCUGAAUGUGAUGAUGAAGCUACGUCGGAUGAGGUUACUGAUUCUGCUUUAUCUGCUUAUGAUUAUGAUUAUUAUUAAUUUGCUGCCGUGUGUGUGUUGUAUGAAAGAGCUCUGAUGGCAUCACUGUGAUGACCUCAUACCAAGCUGAACUGUUACAUCACAAGUCAUGGAUGUGUGUUCAUAAUGGUCACUCUGGACUAAGCUGCUAGUCCAGCAUUUAAUCCAGAGUUAGCCCUGAUCAGUAUUGUCUGACCACAUCAUAGUCCUGGACCUCGAUCAACCACCUAGUCUGGAAAUUGGAAUGUUGGAAAUAUAAUUUAUUAUGAGAUUGUUGGAAAUACAAAAUGAUUAAAUGACAGGAAGUCUG